AUGGCAAGGGGUUUAGCUGGUAUUGCUCAUACCAAAAACAGGCUUCGACGAUCAAUUUCACAUAAAACUGGGAGCGUAUCAGCAGCAACUACGAGUAAUUAUGUUCCAAAGGGACAUUUUACAGUUUAUGUUGGUGAAACAUGUAGGAGAUUUGUAGUUCCAAUAGCAUAUUUGAAUCAUCCUCUAUUUCAAGAUUUGUUACACUGGGCUAAAGAAGAGUUUGGAUAUAGUCAUCCAAUGGGUGGUCUAACAAUUCCAUGCAGUGAAGAUUACUUCAUUAGUCUCACUUCCCUACUUAAGUCUUCAUAG